AUGGCGACCAAGAUUGAGCUCGACAUGGCAGCACUCGAGAAUGCCAAAGCUGAAGACCACAGGGAUGUGAAAGAUCUUACUGAAACCAUUGAGGACAUCUCAGGGAUGCUUGAUCCUGCUGUCGAGAAGCGAUUGGUCCGCAAGAUCGAUCUCCAUUUGAUUCCAAUAUUAUUUACACUUUAUCUCUGCGCUUUCAUUGACCGAGUUAACAUUGGUAAUGCGCGGAUUCAGGGCCUUGAAGCAGAUUUAAACAUGACUGGCCAGGAUUACAAUAUCGCCUUGUUCGUCUUCUUUAUACCUUAUAUCCUGUGUGAGGUGCCGUCAAACCUUCUACUCAAAAACAUGCGGCCAUCGUGGUACCUCUCCGGUAUCAUGUCAGCAUGGGGUGUCUGCACCAUCGGAAUGGGGGUGACGCACUCCUUUGGCGGUCUCGUCGCUUGUCGUUUCCUGCUGGGCAUAUUUGAAGCGGGCUUCUUUCCUGGCUGUGCAUACUUAAUUUCUAUGUAUUACAGACGACUUGAGCUUCAGCUCAGGAUCAAUCUUUUCUUUUGUGCAUCUAUUCUCGCCGGGGCUUUCUCAGGCCUGCUAGCGUAUAGCAUCGCUCAUCUCGAUGGCCGCGCAGGAUACAGUGGAUGGAGAUGGAUAUUCAUUAUCGAAGGGGCCGCCACCGUACUCAUUGCAUUGGCGGGAGUCUUCAUUGUACCGGAUUGGCCAAACACAGCCAAGUUCCUAAGCUUCCAAGAACGGACUCUUCUAGCCAACCGCCUUCGUGCCGAUGUAGAAGGGGUGACAAUGAACAGGCUAGACAAGAAGGCAGCCAAACGAUCGUUCGGUGAUCCCAAGAUCUAUUUUGGCAUCAUCAUGUUCGGCGGAAUCACGGUCACCACCUACAGCUUGGUCUUCUUUUUGCCUACGAUUCUCAAACAGCUAGGAUGGACCUCCAUCCGGGCCCAGGUCAUGUCGAUCCCAGUCUUUAUAGUGGCGGCUGUUCUCACGCUGAGCGCGGCUGUGCUCUCCGACCAUCUGAAAAGGAGGUACGAGAUACUCAUGGCGAGUUGCCUCCUGACAAUAAUCGGCUAUGCGAUUCUCUUCGCUAUGCACAGCGUCCCAGUAGGUGCGAGAUACUUUGCUGUAUAUCUUAUGACCGGGGGUGGAUUUGCCGCACAAACAAUCAGCAUCGUCUGGCUGAGUAAUAACAUGGGAGGUCAUUAUAAGCGUGCAAUAGGAGUGGCAAUGCAGAUCGGAUUCGGCAACAUCGCGGGCAUCAUUGCCAGCUUUAUCUAUCUCCAAUCCGAAGCGCCCACAUACCACACUGGAUUUGGCACCGGUCUUGGUAUGCUAUUUGCGGGAAUCCUCGCGGCUACGGGCUACUUCAUAUACCUUCGAAGGGAAAACGCAGCGCGCGACGCGGGUAGGAGAGACUGGAGACAUACCCUGCCAGCCGAUGAAUUGGAUAACCUGGGCGACGAUGACCCAAAAUUCCGGUUCAUUCUGUAG